GCCAUAUUGUUGUAACAUUUUCUUUCUUUUGGAAACCUUUACUCAUCCAUCUGAAUUCACUACAGGGAAUACCUUUUCCACCACAGGCUGCUCUUGCUCCCCUAUCCAUUCGUUGCUUUAUAAUUGUCCAUUCUUGGCAAUUCAAACCAGUUUCUUGAUAUAGCCUCCUGCAGGACAAAGAUUAUACAUUCCCCUGUUUGCUAAAAAAAGAGAGAGCGCACCAAAAAAAAAAGAUCAGAAACAAAAAAGGCAACCAAAAAAACUUAAAACACAUACAAAACAAGGGUCACUUUUUGUUUUAUUCUAUUAUAACUUAAUACAAUCCAAUGAUGAACUUUGCACUUUGCAUUUUGUUUGUCCUCCGGUUCGUUCUAGCGGACCCAAACAUGCAAGAGCUUUCAGGAACGUGGUCAUCUAAAUCAAACACCGUGUUUACUGGUCCUGGAUUUUAUGAUCCUGUUGAUGAGCUCUUAAUCGAGCCAGACUUGCCAGGUAUCCUGUAUUCGUUCACCGAAGACGGCCACUACGAGGAGGCCCUUUACCGUGUCACUGCCAACCCACGGGACCACUCAUGCCCUUCAGCCGUGCUCAUUUUCCAACAUGGAACAUAUGAACUCUUAACCAAUGGGUCUUUGAUCUUGACCCCUAUAGCCGUAGAUGGUAGACAACUAUUGAGUGCACCAUGUACCGAUGACUCCAAAUCGGUCUAUUCUAGAUAUAACCAACCAACUUGGUUUGAAAAAUACCAAGUAUAUGUGGAUCCAUACCAUGGACGUUGGACCCUUCAAAUAUAUCAAUUUGAUGGAUCUAAGAUGCAACCAUUAUACUUGGCAUACCGUCCACCAAACAUGUUGCCAACUUCAGCUCUUAAUCCGACCGAUAAGGCCUCUGAAACUGGAACCAGCUUGAGAAAACGUGCUAGACGUUCAUUAGAAAAUCAAUACAGAACAUCGGCCACUCGUGUCACUUCCAAAGAAACAUGGUGGUGGACUGCCGUCGGGGUUCUUGGAGUCGGAUCAUUUGUAUUAUUUUUGAAGUAAAAAGAGGAUCAUUUAGAGAAGAACUAGCAAACGCAAACGAAAGAGCGAGCAAUUUCAGAAACAAUGUGGGCUAAAAGAUUAUCAAAAUAGUUCUAACACAUACACACAUACACACAUAUAUAUAAGCACCACACGCCUAUCAUGACCCAACCAACCAUUAGUGUAGGGUACUUACACCAAUAC